GAAGGUGCGUGAUCCCCGAGCCAACUUUGAGCAAUCCCUACGUGUGCUGAAGCACGCUAAAGAGGUCCAGCCUGGCGUCGUUUCUAAAACCUCCAUUAUGUUGGGGCUAGGCGAGACAGAUGAACAAGUAUAUUCGACAAUGAAAUUAUUGCGGGAAGCAGAUGUAGAUUGUUUGACCCUAGGACAGUACAUGCAACCAACAAAACGUCACCUCAAGGUUGAGGAGUAUGUAACUCCUGAAAAAUUUAAGUACUGGGAAAAAGUAGGAAAUGAUCUUGGAUUCCAUUACACUGCUAGCGGGCCUUUAGUGCGCUCCUCCUAUAAAGCAGGUGAAUUCUUCUUGAAGAACUUGGUUGAAAAAAGAAAGACAAAAGCCAUCUGAAACUGAGAGUGAACCUAUUUAAAGCAGCCAGUUUUAAGGAUCCUUUUCUUCAGCGCAUAAUUAUACUCAGUUCCAGCAAUGCCGAAGACCAGAUGGUAGAUGUAUGAAUAAACUUACUAUCUGUCCAGAAC